GGCGCCGCUGCCUGCUGCUCCUUCCCUGCUGCUCCUUCCCUCUUCCCAGCUCCUUCCCUGCUCCCUGCCUGCUGCGGGCCCGCGGGAGCUGAGCGGUUUCCACCAUAUUCUCAUCAGACACUGCAAUGGGCCCUUCCCAGCUCGGCCUCAAGAUGUUGGUAUAGCACCAGGCAGCUGCCAUCCAGAGGGCUUGCGGUGGGACAUCGCUUCCCACUGGGACACCCUUCACUCCCACUCCCUCAGCAGAAGUGAUGGAUGCCCACGUGGACCUCCUGACAGAGCUGCAGCUGCUGGAUAAGGUGCCCACGCUGGAGAGGCUGCGGGCAGCCCAGAAGCGCCGGGCCCAGCAGCUGAAGAAAUGGGCACAGUACGAGAAGGAGAUGCAGCACAAGAAGAGGAAGCACGAAAAGAAGAGAAAUGCUGUUAACAGGAAGAAAGUGUCUUUUGAAGCCAGCGUUGCUCUGCUGGAGGCUUCUCUGAGGAACGACUUGGAGGAAGUGUGUUACUUGCUGAAGAGCAAUGUCAGCCCAGAUCUGUGCAAUGAGGAUGGAUUAACUGCACUGCAUCAGUGCUGCAUAGACAACUAUGAAGAGAUAGUCAAGCUUCUCCUCAACCACGGGGCCAAUGUCAAUGCGAAGGACAAUGAGCUGUGGACUCCAUUGCAUGCGGCAGCUACAUGUGGUCAUAUCAACUUGGUGAAGAUCCUCAUCCAACAUGGAGCAGACCUGUUGGCAGUAAAUGCAGAUGGCAACAUGCCAUAUGACCUCUGUGAAGAUGAGCCAACUCUGGACGUCAUUGAGACUUGCAUGGCCUAUCAAGGAAUUACACAGGAAAGGAUCAAUGAGAUGAGGGCUGCUCCAGAGCAGAUAAUGAUCUGUGACAUUCAUGACAUUCUUGCAACUGGACAAGACCUGAACAGGACUGAUGCCCAAGGUGCUACACUGUUGCAUAUAGCUGCAGCCAAUGGUUAUCUGCAUGCAGCUGAAGUCCUUCUUGACCAGGGGGCAAGCCUGGAUGUGAAGGACUGGGAUGGCUGGGAACCUCUUCAUGCUGCUGCUUUCUGGGGGCAGAUGCAGAUGGCUGAGUUGCUUGUGUCCCACGGGGCUAGUCUGAGUGCCAGGACAUCUUUGGAUGAGAUGCCAAUAGAUCUGUGUGACGAGGAGGAGUUCAAGGUAUUGCUUCUGGAGUUGAAACACAAACACGAUGUGAUCAUGAAGUCUCAGAUGAGGCAUAAAUCCUCCUUGAGUAGAAGGACCUCCAGCACUGGCAGCAGGGGGAAGGUGGUGAGGAGGGCCAGCCUUUCGGACAGAACAAACCUCUACAGGAAGGAGUGUGAGAAAGAGGCCAUUGUCUGGCAGCAACUGGGGGCUGCAGAAGAAGGAAGAAAUUCAGGUCUCAUUGGAGAAAUCGCGGAGACACGGUCUGACCAGGAGAAUACAGACCCUAAUUCAGUACUGGAGAACUCUUCCCUCCUUCCAGAGUUGGCAAACAAAAGCACCCAGUGUGACUCUGAAAUCCCCCUCCAGAAUGGACUCAUGGCAUCUGCCAGCACUUACCCCUACACCUUUUCCAACGGGGACAUCUGGAGCAUGCAGGCUGACCCUGAGAGCAAUCCAGGCCACGUGCUGCCCUACAGCAACCCCGGGCUCCCUGACACGCAGCAGUUCUGGGGUACCUACAAGGAGCACAACCACCAAACGCUGUCGGAACUGAAGCGGCAACGGGCUGCAGCCAAACUCCUCAACCACCCCUUCCUCAGCACCCACUUCAGCAGCGGCAUGGGAGGAGUUGCUGAGAACGGGGGUGAGGCCAAGUCCCAGCUAAUUGCAUCCAGGACUUCUCCCUACAGCUCCAAUGGGACCUCAGUGUAUUACACAGUGUCCAGUGGUGAUCCUCCCCUCUUGAAAUUCAAAGCUCCCAUGGAGGAAAUGGAAGAGAAGGUGCACGGGUGCUGCAGGAUUUCCUAGUCUCAUCUGUUUCUCACCCCAGAGGAAACAAGACGAGCGUGGGCUGGUUGGAUCCACAGCAGGGGCCAGGUUGUUUGCAUUCCAAAGGGAGAAUCUGGUUAUGGACAUCCUGACUGCAGUAGCCACGUUCAUCUUGAACUGUACUUUACCCUGCCAUUUACUUCCAUUGCAGCUGAACGAGUGAUGCAGGUGGAGCAAGGCUCCCCAGGAGAGGAAGGGAUGCACAGAGGGAUGAUGUAAAAAGAGUCGCCUUAGCCUUGCUCCCUGGGGAAGAAGGUAUGGAGCACUGCCUCCCCAUCCUUGGGAAGUCAUGAGAUGCCUUGCAAUGAAGUAAGGAUCUGAAUGAAAAUCUUUGCAUCUGAGCCUCUUGCUGUAAGUCACUAAGCUUCAGGAAGGUGACAGUUCAGACCUAAAUUUUCACUCGUGUGCAAUGCACACAUCCUGGAGGAGAGAUCCACCUGCAGGUGGGGGGUUGCAAAAGUGGACAGAGCUGUUUUCCAUGCAGCUGGAUCCAGCGCUAACAGGGUCUGAGCAACAAGCAAGCGUAGGUGCUGUGCUUGCUUUAGGAAGUUUGCAAGGUGUUAUCUCCUUGCAGUGACAGCUCACCAUCACAAACUGCACUGGCUGGGUCCUGUUCUGCUCACCUAGGCUCAUCCCUGCAGACUGCCAUCAGGCUCCAAGCAGAACUUUUCCUGGAACAGGCUUCACUCAACAGGCUUAAAACUGAUGUUGCAAUACGGGGCCCUGGCAAUAGAACUUCAAUGCAAUAAAAUACUGACAAAGGUCUAUAUUGGGAUAAGUAAUUUAAAACCCUUAUUUGUACUAUUUAGACUCCUCAUUUGUUAAACCUGAAAAGACUUUUGCUGAUCUCACUUUCUUACUGAUGCUGUUUGUUCACUCUGUAUGCUCACCACAGAUACUACAGGCAGAAUGCUUUGCAUUCUGAUUUUUCUGGAUUUCCAGAACCACAGGGCUUGGGAGGGAUGAGGAGGAAAGGUUUGCUGACACAAGUCUAGAAACAUCAUGAAAUUGUUUCAAAUCUCCCUAGAUGUUAUGUUAACACUUAUGUUAACCUGCAGUCUUUGGCUGACCAAGUGUUAAAGCCUUGCUUUGGUAGUUGAACAUUGCAGCAGGGCAGGAGAUUGGGGUUUUUUUAGUCUGGUUUUCCAGCUGCCAUGCUGAAGUCAUCAGCAGUGAUCAGACUUCAAUGCCUCCGUGUACAAGGGAGUUGCCUAGGGCUGUGCAGUACCUAGGAAAGCCUCUCUGCUGCAGGGCAGCUGGCAAACCAGCACCAGUGUUUCUCUGUAGUCCGUGUUGGCUCUGACAAACUACCUGAGAAACACCAGCACAGUGUAACCUGGGGUUUUGGCAUUGGCUCUUGAGCAAGUGGAGGCUCUGCAUACCUGGGGGAGGCAAGAAUGAGAGACAGCUCUGAGGAACUGGCCACAGUUGAGAUAAACUGUACCUACAGAAGUAACUGUAAACCCUCAACCCUUUUUCUACACAGAGAGGCUAUUGCACAUGUAACUAUUUGCCUGCAUUAAUAUGUGUCUUCUUGAACAGCUUAAAUUCCAAACUCUGAAAACAUAAGCCUAUUUGGGUCUCUCUAAGCCAUCAAUGGAUUAAAUCCAGCUCACGUAGUUGCUUCAGCCUCACAACAGCAAAUGCAGCUUCCACCCAUCUUCCUCUUAGCUGAUGGCUGUUAAACAACAUCACUCUUUGCAACUACACUUCCCUGUGGGAAUCCUCAAAACGUUUUUUUCCAGGCUAUAAAAAGCUGUCUUAGGCUGCCAGUGACUGUUAAGUGCUACCCUUUGCUCCCAGCCUAUGGCUGGGGCUGGGUAUUUUAUGGUGCAGGGCUCUGAGCUCCUCAUUCUCAGCUCCUUAGGGCAGCAGAGGUGGCUGCAUGAACACCACAACCAUGCCAUGCAGGGAACAUUUUUAGACCUGUGAGGGUACUACCAGACUGACAAUUUACCCUCUUUAGCUCUGAAGACACCAUUCUCUGCACUCACCAGUUUCAGAAGCAAUUUAGAAAAUGGUAGCAGAUGAUCUGAUUUUUUAAACACCUUAGUUCAGUCAAAAGCAGGAGAUUAUUUUGUAUGUUUUGAAACAUUCCAAGAAGUUUGGCUUCCCCCAUUAUUGAAACACAUGCUAAAUGCAAGACUGCUUGUGCUUGACUUAAACUUAGGGGAUCUUAAAAGUCAUGCUCUAGUAGAAAGAAGUAACCAAACAGGCUUUACCACAUCAGUGUGUGGUUAACAGUGGGUCUUCUGAUUACCUUGAGAAAAUGAUUCUGAGCUGUUGCCAAGUGUAGCCUGGUUUUGACUGGACAGGGGGAGAUGAUCAUCAGAUGCCCCUCUUCCCCUGUAGUGCUGGGGGCUGUCUCUCCACAUCCAUCCUAAUGAGAAUACUAAACUCUGUGUAACAAAUAUUGGUGCCACUAUCUUCUUGGUGGUGUAAAAUUUGGGCCCAGCUGAGAGCUUCCCUCUCAGGGAAGAAGCUGGGCCCUUUUCCUUCUCAGAGCACUUCAAAUCCAAGCAGAUGGAAAGGAAACCUUUGAAUGCAAUAAGGUUAAGUAGUUUGAGGCUUGCUUUUAUUGAGAGUUGUUAAUACAUUCAAACUUCAGGAAGCCAAUCCAUUUUAGACAAAAAGCUUUUUGUCCAUUGAUAUUUCCCUCUGUUUAUAUAUAAAACUCCAGGAACACAUCACUCUAGCUGUCCUGUUGAGCAAAUCACCAAUUGAUUUACUAUCAGGCAAAAGAUAUUACAAAUUCUGCAUUACAAAACCACCCCCUUAAUUUGACUUAGUAUUGAAAUUGCAAAACUGGCUGUAAUCGAGCUCUUCUGGCUUUAUCAAACUGGCUCAGCAAAGUCUAGUGCUGUCUGAUCAAAUGUAAUCAAUCCUUAUUGAGAUGAGAGAGUCAGUAAUCAAAGAGUCAAUUCCAUGAUAUGUUCCACAGCCAUGCCAAGUGUUUAUCUCCCACUGGCUUUGGGCUGAAGCUGUAUCAAAGUGGGACUUGUGAAGGCUGUUGAAGAGUGACCUAGAAUGGAUUGAAGAAUCCUGCUUAUGUGCUGGUGACAUUCUGCAUAUAAAGGGCACUGCUCAGGGAAGGGGCUGGCAAUUGGUGCUGCAUGCAGAGCUGUUGGUUGUAGGUCUGGGACCAGAAAUUCUGUAAACUGGAUAUUUAACCUGCUUCUGGUAAACUAUUUUAUAGAGACAAACAGGUUUUGGGGCAAUUAAUGAACACACAGAUACUCUUACAUGUGCACUGUAGGAGCCUACCUCCAGGAAUAGGGGUUUUUGUUAUAAGGUUACAGCAAUAGUGGGGUUUUUAUAUCUGUGUGCUUUAAAGACCAUCCCACUGGAAAGCUCUGAGGUACACAGCAGAAGGCACUUGGUUUCAUUGGAUAUGAAUAUUGCUAAAAAGCUGUAGAAACUAGAAAUCAUGUUGUGAUCAGCAUAUCUAGCACUUGGCUUAAUAGAGGAGGAUUUGGGGUUUUGGAGUUAUACUUCUGUUUUAAGGCUCAACGAACAUCUAAGUACAGAUUCAAGGUCACUUUAGAGUCCCCCUUUUGUUAACAGUGAGCCAAAGGUUGUAGCUGUUCAUGCAGACCACAGAAAGAUUUGAGAACAUGGACCUAUUGAUGGGUCUGUUGUGGGCAGAGUGGCACAUGAGAAUAACCCUUCUGCUUGCAAAGUCCUCCUGUCUGCUGAAGUGAUACUGUUCCUAGCAAACAGGAUGAGGGGAUCUCUACUUUCCAUGUUGAAAAACUUUUUUUAGAUGGGGAAAAAAAAAAAAAAAGGUGUCUCAGAAUAGUGUCUCAGCUUUACUGAGCUCAACCUAGAAGGUCUCAGCAAUGAAAUGUUGGAUAAGGGCUUAAAAACCAUUGCUGGGACCUGUUUGAUGUCAGGCCUGCAUCUGUGUUUCACAUACCAAGUGAUGUGAUUUUAGCCCACUUAGUCUCACUUCUGUGGUGCUCCUGACUCUUAAAACACUCCCAGUUUUUGGAAGAACUGACUCUAGCUGAUGUGAUUCUGUACCAUCUUACAGGUGUGGUUGGAGAACCAUGUGGAUGAGAAACUCCUGGUAGGGAAGAAGAGCAUGGCAGGGCAAUAGCAAUAAUAAAUCAGGACAAUACUCAGCAGAGGCAGUGGAUUCUCCAGUUUAUUGAGCAGGGUCUUAUUUCAUGGGUUUGGAAGCCCUUACAAGCUCCCAAAUGGCAUUACAACUUCUGUUUAGUGCCCUUCCCCUUUAAUAUUGAAAUUCUGUUUACCCAAAUCUUCCCUGCUGAAACUAAACCAGCGAUAGCAUGACGGAGGAAUAUCUUAACUGGGAAAGCAAUAGCACUGGUCUCCAGUGAGCCAUAGAUGAACUGUUGUCCAUGUCCUGGAAGGAGUUCUCACUACGUCUGGGUAUUUCUGUGCCUUAUCAUACUUGCUAAAGGUAACUUGCUCUCUGUAAGUUCUGUGGUGACUAUACAGUGCUGUUCUUUAACUUGGAGAUGAUUUUCCAAGGGGGUAACAGUUCAGAGCCUCCCAGAUUUCGAAGUUUUUAUUUGCUCUUUCGGUUUCUCUCAUGAUCACCGGUUCCUCUCUUCCUAAACACAGAAAGGAAAUUAACAGGGUCUUCAUCCUAAUUGACUAAAUCACGCUGACCUACUUUGUUAUUGCAGAAUCUGGAACACGCUUGUAGCAGAAAGGUCUCUUAGUACAGAACACAGCUCGUAUUUACAUUUUUGUUUUGUUUUGGCUGUGGAACAGAGUUUGUUGGCUCUGGUUGUUCCGCUUUACUCUGCUGUUCUCAUGUUAGCCAAACUAAUAAUGGACUUCUCAGUUCCACCUCACAAUUAGAACAGUGUUCUUCAGGCAACAUCCGAUGUGGUGAAAUUACAACCCUGAAUAUUUCGCUGUAUUUCAACCACUGAAGCUGUAGUAGUGGAGAUCCUGCUCAAGAUACCUGCUCCCAAACCUACACCAGUGCAAUUAUCUCCACCCGCAGCUGGAGGGGAGCCUUAGUAUUGUCACCUCUGCAUCUUCAGCCUAUAGAUUGCAGUGUGGGACUGGUGUCAGUACCCCUGGUACAGCUCAGUGUGACUGCUGCAUGGAAAGGUUCCUAACAAACCCUGGCAAGCCUUCUGCAAUAACUCGUCAUCCCAUCCAUCAGUAGUAAACGAUGUACAAACACAACCUGAUGAAACCUAUUUUAUGUAAAAUAAAUAAUGUAAGGACUGUAUAUUGUAUUAGCAGCUUUGUGUAUAAAAUGGCAUUUUGGCAAUCAGAGUCUAAUAUAUUUAAUUUUUUUUUUUUUUUUAAAAAAGAGGAUAUUUGAUAUUGUAUGGGACUGACUUUAUUGCUAUUGUAAGGAUGAAAAGAUGGUUUCUUAACAUGUUGAAGCAAUGCAUCAAACCUUAAAUUCUAUGUAAAACUCAUGCCAAAAGGGUAUGUCUGACAGUAUUAGCACCUGACUCAGUGUCUUUAAUAGAGAGAUUGAAUUUUUUAAUUUAAAAAUUAUAUUAAAUUUCUUUU